ACACAAAUUGAAGCAUGUCAACAUGUAAAUAUCGACGACGUCUACAUAUCGAUCGACAGCAUAAUUAUCAGCUUAUCAGCGGGGAGAAUCCCUGCAUUCUACGCCGUUAUCAACGAUAAAUAACAGCGAAAAAUUGCCGAUUUAAAGGUCAAAAUUGUUAUAAAAAUUUUAAUUAAAAAUGUUGCAACGCACAAAAUCAAAUCGGCGUCGAGUUUCCAACGCAAAUUCGAAAGCAGCAGCGCAACGUUUGGAUGCACUGGAAGAGGCUAACAGAUGCAGUGACGGUGAUUCAUCGCAAUCCUCCACAGCGGCACCAGUCUUUGCAUCUGUUCAUCGACCACGGCAUAAUGGAAUUUCAGCUAUCAAACGCGAUGGCAUGCCAACAACAUCAACACAAAAUGCAACUAAAAUGCCCACAAAAAUUGUACAUAACCAACAACAGCAGCAACAACAACGCCAAAGCUACCAUCAAUACCAGCAGCAGCGAAGACAACAGCAACAACGCCAACAACAGCAAACUCAAUUAUUGCAACAGCAAAAACAACAACAGCAACAACAGCAGCAGCAACAGCAUAUGAAAAUCGCGAACAAUUCAACGCAAAAAUCAACAAAAACGAAAAAUUAUUGGCAGGAACAGCAACAGCAACAGCAACAACAGCAGCAGCAGCAGAAACAAAAUAUAUUAACAAUAAAGCAAGUAUAUGGGACUGAAAAUGCUGCAGUGGGCAGGCAAUCAAUUGUGGUGCCAUCAGCACAACCGCUGCCAACAACAACGACUGCAACAGCGACCAAUACUGGUUCCUCCACUUCAGCAACGACAAUGGGAAAUAUUAAACAAGUGCAGCAAAUGCAUGCAAUGCAUAUGCAACAUCAGCAACAGCAUAUGGAAGAACAACAAUAUGAUAUAUCACCUACUAAAAUGAGUCGUAUACCAAUCCAACAACAACAACAUCAGCAGCAACAGCAUCAAACCCAACAACAACAGAACUCCAAUGAAAUCCCGAAAACUGCUUCUAAUUUGCUUAAUGACAUUUAUGAAAAGCACUUGUUGAAUCAGACAACAUUCCAUGAUUCAACCGAACAAUUUAAGCAACAGCAAUAUCAACAACGAUUUAUGCAACAGCAGCAUCCGUCUAGGUUAGCUGGCAGACAAAUGCAGCCACAUAACACUGGGCGUCACUUCGGUGUAAACGAAUUUAAUUUUCAUAAUAAUAAUACAACAAACAAUCGACAACAGCAACAGCAACAACAACAACAAGAACAACUGCAACAACAGCAGCAACAGCAAAUUGAACAAUUUCCGAGUAUAACCAAUAGUACAUUUGUAAGUAGUAAGGUACAAAAACCAAGUCAUUUUUUAAAAGUACCACCACCGCCACCACCCACUGUACCAGAGACACACCUACAACAUCAGCAUCAGCAUCAACAACAACAACAAUUGCUAGGCUCAUUUUCAUAUCAACAACAUUUUCAAUUCUCCGAUGCAUAUGUUGAACCAGUAAAUACCAAACAACAUUUUCUUAUGGAAACACAACCGCCACCACCACCAGCACCAUUGAAUCAUGUCUACGAAACCAUAAAGGAGCGUCCACCAAUGCCGCCUCCACCACCAGAACGUGCACGUCACGGCUCAUCAACAAAUGAUGGGCCACCGCCAUUGCCACCUUUACGUCAACUGCAAAAACGUUUAUUGGAAAACUCAAUUGCUGGCGCCAGUGCACGUUCGCAAAAAGGAAAAACCAAUAAAAAAACAUUAACAGUUGUUGCAGCUAGCGAAGAUUCCGGCAACACAAAUGGAAAUGCAAACAAAACAUCGACAGAACAAAAGAAACUACAUACCAGAAUGUUGCUGGCACAAAUUCCACCUGCUUAUGUACCACCGCCGUCAGCAAUAGCCACCGUAACAUCAACAGUCGCUACAGUAAAUAAUUUCAAACUACAACAGCAACAACAAAAUGAACAGCAACAACAAUAUAUCGAACAGCAGCAGCAGCAACAACAGCCACAACUGCAACAACAGCAACAUCAAUAUAAUCCGCAACAACGCACUAAGGCGGAUGGUGAACAAAAAGCUUUCAUAUACCAACAAGCACGAGAGCAGAAACUUCAUAAACAACAUCAACAACAUCAGCAACGACAACAACAUCAGCAGCAGCAGCAGCAACAACAACCACAACAACAACAACAACAAAGUGAACAAAAACAACAAUUGCAACAGCAACAUCAGCUUAAUAAAGUUUUGCCAAUGCAACAACAACAACAACAGCAGCAGCAGCAGCUUAAACAACAACAACAACUGCAACAAACAACUGCUUCACAACAACAAAAUCAUCAAUUAUUGGAAAUUGUGCAAAAGUCCAAACAAUCAAACGUGCGUGAACAUCCGGUAGGCGCAAUUGAUACCAAAUCUUCUGCAAUUAAUCAGAAAGCAACAGAAAUAGUAUCAGCGGAGAGUAAAGCAGUAAGAACGGCGAAAUCUGCAGCUGCUGGCACAAAUGCUUCUGCUUCUGCUUCUUCUUCUUCUUCCGCUACUAACACCAAUACUAACAAUGCAAAUGGUAUUGCUGCUGCUUAUGUUGCUAAUGGUGCUGUUUCUGUUGAACAUACACUACAACACGCUGGACUCUUGCAAUCCAACUCCACAACGGCAACAUUCGGCUAUAACAAUGCUAGCCAUAACAACAGUACCAGCAACAGCAACAGCAACAGAAACAAUAAUAGUAAUUUCAAUAGACCCAAUACAUUGCCCAUUGUAUUCGAAGAGGAUACCGGCGAAUUUCAGGACGUCUUAGUUUUGGAAGAGGACGGCACCGCGAAACUACAAUAUCGUCACGGUAAAAUCGAAGUACGUCUAGAGACAGCACAAGCCAUGGCUGCGGCCGCCUAUUAUGCUAGAGCUGCACAAAAACUCGCACAAAGUGGUUCCACAAAAGCGCGUACCUCUGAAAUGCCAAAUACAUCAGCACGCAAUGGUGGUUUCUGUGGUGCGCUACAGCGCGCGCCUCCACCCAUGCCUCCCGGUUUGGCCAGACGAUUAGCAAAUAAGGAAAAUUAUGGUAUCGGCAAGGUUAAGGUAAUGUUGCGUGUCUCGGACACUCAUACCGAUGCCGAGAAUCCACAUUUCAUGUCAGUCGAUAAAAAGAAACGUCAAGUUACGCUGACAGAUCCGGUAACAGCGAGCUCAGUCGCUGCAUCCUCAUCACAGGAGCGUGGUCCAAUGGUGGCGGCGCCCAAAAUGUUCGCUUUCGAUAGUCUUUUCACAGCGGAAGAUCAACAGUCUGAUGUUUGUGCGUCUGCAUUGUCUGAAGUCAUACCCGCCGUUUUGGAAGGUUCCGAUGGUUGUCUGCUUACAAUUGGUUAUCCAAGUUCCGGACAAUCGAAAACUAUGCUGGGUGCUGUUAAUCCACACAGUGAACUAGGAGCCAUACCAUGUGCUAUCUCCUGGCUGUACAAGGGCAUAAACGAGCGCAGACAGAAAAGUGGCGCAAGAUUUUCAGUGCGCGUUAGUGCUUUGGGUGUUAGUGCCACAAAGCCGGACUCCAGUUCAAAGGAUUUGUUGGCAGCACACGCAACUGAAUCUGAUGACUCCCCGGGGGUUUAUUUGCGUGACGACUUUCUUGGUGGUCCAACGGAAUUGCGCGCUCCAACAGCUGAACGUGCUGCACUGUUUUUAGACGCUGCGCUUGCCGGUCGACCGCAAGGUGGGCUGGAACCGGCUAUGAUAUUCACUUUGCAUGUCUACCAGUACAGUUUAUCGCGCAAAGGUGGUGUGGCUGGUGGACGUAGUCGUUUACAUCUCAUUGAUUUGGGUGGUUGUGCCAACCGUAGUGGUGGUCUUCCAUUAUCUGGUAUUGGUAAUAUACUACUUGCCAUAUUAAGUGGCCAGCGACAUCCACCGAACAAAGACCAUCCUUUGACACCUUUGCUGAAAGACUGCCUGGCACCAUUGACAUGCCACGUCGCCAUAAUGGCACAUGUCACACACCUACAGUCGCACACGGAUGCACUUACGACAAUCCAAUUAGCCUCACGUAUACAUCGCAUGCGUAGGCGAAAGCAUCGAUUUCCCAUGCCAAGCGAUAAGACUGUGCUGGCGGCCGGCGUAAAUGGUGGACAUCAAUCCACUGGCUCAUCUGCUGGUUCUGGUGCAGAUCCAUCAAGUUCAGAGCUUUCGGCUGACACAGUCAUUUAUAUGGGACCAAGUGACGAUGCGACAGAUGGCGAACAUCCGCCUGUGUAUUUACCCUCCUUAAGCAGUGCCGAUAAUCGAGGUGUUAUGAGUAAAGCACUAAAAGGUUCUGGUCUUGAAAAGCAACAGCCACAAACAAAAAUUCCAAGCUCUGCCAAGAAAGCAGUAGCCAAUCAGAAAGCACCACUUAGCCCAGUUGUCACUAGUCGAACUGGCAGUUUAAAGCGUGGCCAUGCCAACAGCCCUACACCUCAGCAAUCAGUGCAGCAACAGUCAACACAGCAGUCCACUAUACCCAGUGAAACACAAUUUUAUUCGCCUGUUCACAGUCUGAAAUCAUUACCGCAUUCGGCGUCCUCACCAAAAAUAGUCGCUGGUAGCUUACGGCAUCCUAACAUGGCCAUGGUUUGCUCCAAAGGGUCCAACGUGCCCUCCCCUAAGGGUUCGCCGUUGAGACGUCCUGGUGUUGGUGGUCUCACAGCAAGUGAACAAAUGGAUUGUCCUGGCAGUCCAAUGAGAAAAAUAACCGAAGAGCAAUGGAUCGAUGGACCGAGAGUAUCACGCGCAAAAGUAGCCGAAGCACGGCAUUUGUUGCGUGAAGUUAAUCACGUUAAACAAUGUGAAACAUGGAUCGAUGGACCGAAAUCACAAUCAAGUCGUUCGCUCACCGCAGGCAACUUACCUGCUGCACCAUCACAAGUACAGGGUUAUGGUUUUAUGGACUCACAUAAAAAAACCAUGAUACGACAAUGGGUAGAAAACCAAACAACGCAGGUUUUUCAAACCACUUCCGCUGCCUCAUCACCAACACAUACAAAUCGCGACCAACAAGCACAACAUUUACGUAGUAUAACCUAUCACAUGUCACAGCUAAAACAGAAGUCAUUAGAUGCCACCGAAGAUAUUUAUGCUAUAAGCACUCGUCAGCAGCAACAUCUUCAACAAUUGGCAACUGUUGACCAACAGUCAUUGCGUAGCAGUCAACUGGAAUUGGUACAGUCACUUAGUGCUGGCCUGACUACAGCUGUUAGUGUCACAAAUGCUUCGGCCCCUGCCGAAAUACGUGGCGCAACACAGUAUCGACAGUCUUCCCUGCCACAACCAACAACAAGUCACAGCUAUGCAAGAGACGAGACUGAUUUGCAUUCAACGCAUUCGGUAUACUCACACGCUUCAUUUGGUAUAAAUGCAUCAUGUCCUAUACAACAACAAGCAGCUAGUGCAGUAGCAGCCGAUGGCGGACCAAAUAGCGAACGACAACAAGACUGUGAUGAAGAUCAAGAUAGUGGUCCGUCGGAAGUGCCGCCAGCAUUGCCACUUAUCGAACCAUUAGGUUCGCGUGAAAUUUCGCACGAAAGUCUGCACCGGAUUUUAUCACGGCAUGUAUCACGUGAAUCACUCUAUCAACAACAACAGCAACAACACCACCAACAUCAACUGGAGUUGCGACGCAAAGAGCACAAUACAUCACGACAAUCCUUGCAUCAUUUUUCGCAACACAGUCUGGGUAUGUCGGACUGUGGAUUACAGGUCACAGAGGAGGAGAUUGCGCGAACAAUGGCUGGUGAGCAUCCUUUGGCAGCCCUGAGUCACUGCGACAAUAUGUCCAUUGUUUCGAGCUUUCAUAUGGCUGGCGAUGCGUUUAGUGACUGCGCGAUUGGUGAAAGAACGAGGAAUCAAUUUGAUCAGCUAGCGCGUUUACGUGAGAUAUUCACCUCACAGCUGGCCAUGGCUGAAGUGACUCCAGUUUUUCGUAGUGGCUGCGAUGUGGGUAGCGUAUAUAGUGAACCAGCUUACCGUUUUAAUACUGGGCCAGGCAGCGUUUGCAGUGAACCACCAUAUAGACCACCAAGUCCACGACAACCUUCACGUAGUCCAAGUCAAGGUUCGUUACCUAGCUUAAAUGGUAUUAUGCAAAUAGCCGGUAUGGAACAAUAUGCUUCUUUGCGACAUCCGGAUGGUGCUUCUGAUCCAAAUUUGCCAAAAGUAGAAAAACCUUUUGUUCUGGAACACGAAGAUAUCUGUGAAGUUGAUGAAAAAUCAGCACUGCUGUCAUCAUCGAAACGUCCUUCUCUUGAAAUAGAACAGGAUGCAGCUGUGCUAAAUCAGCUGACGACAACGCUACCAAUAACAACACAAACACAACUGCCACUACUACCAUUGACCAGUUCUCAUGAAGCCUAUGAUAGUGGCCAUGACUCAUCCACUCCCCGCACCUCAAAACAUUCUGGAAUUUCUCGGCGCGCCGAGAGCGGAUAUCACAGCGUUGCCACUGCACGUGACAGUGAUGAGAGCAGUUUUACUUCGGGUCUCUCCAAAGAGCAUCACAACCGUAUUACAAUUAAGAAAAAGCGACAGGACAAGGGUUUAUGCAAUUGGUUAAUGAAUCCUUUCACAUGCACGUAUCCAGAGACUGAGGGAGAAAUCAGCGAUUUUUAAACUAAUUAAAAAAAGAAAAAAAACUAAUUGAAAGCAACAAUUAAGUUUCAAGAGUACAACAUCAGUACGUAUUUAUAUAUGAAACUUUUUUUGUAGUGCAUAACUGACUUCCCACCAAGAAUAUUCGA